CGUGCAACUGAUGUUGCCUUUUCUCCAGUUGAUAACGUCUUAGCGACAGCCUCAGCUGAUAAAACUGCCAAAUUAUGGAACAGCGAUGGGUCACUUCUAAUGUCUUUCAAUGGUCACCUGGAUCGUCUUGCUCGCCUUUCUUUUCAUCCAUCGGGAAAGUACCUGGGUACAGCUAGCUUUGACAAGACCUGGAGAUUGUGGGACAUCAAUACUGGAACAGAGCUUCUACUCCAAGAAGGGCACAGCAGAAGUGUAUAUGGAGUUAGCUUUCACCCAGAUGGGCGCAGCUCACCGAUGGCGGCGGCAGCAGCGGCAUCUUGUGGGCUUGAUGCACAUGCUCGAGUUUGGGAUCUAAGAUCUGGAAGAUUAUACUGUACCCUCAUAGGGCAUGUGAAACCUGUUCUAGGAGUAAGCUUCUCCCCUAAUGGUCAUCUAGUUGCAACUGCAAGUGAAGACAAUUUCUGUCGAAUAUGGGAUUUGAGGACUAGAAGGAUGUUAUAUUCUAUACCAGCACAUAAGAGUCUUAUCUCGCAUGUUAAAUUUGAACCCCAGGAGGGUCAUUAUUUAGCAACAUCUUCCUAUGACACUAGAGCAGCGCUAUGGUCAACUCGGGACUACAAACCAAUCAAAAGUUUGGCAGGACAUGAGUCGAAAGUUACUAGUUUGGAUAUUAGUGGAGAUGGACAACAGAUUGUGACUGUUUCACAUGAUAGAACGAUAAAGAUGUGGUCGUGCAGAAGCAGCAUACGGGAUAAUGAGAUGGAGUUGGAUUAAGCCAUUGUCUUCAACUGUUCAUGGAAUCAGGCUGUGCCAGUCUCUCCUUUCGUGGAUCUGCCGUUUCAAGCUCUUUGCAUCGUUGCAUUUAUAACCCUUAGCAUGUGAAAUAUGCCGUCCACUUUCUUGACAUGUGUUGCUCAUAAUUUCUCCAAAAAAUUGGACUUGAUAGCUCUCUUAAAAAACAAAGGAGCUUUCUAGUAACAAUGGAGUUCUUCAGUUUGGAUGAAGUAUAUGGGUCAUCCAUGUAAUCUUUUUUUGGCUAAUUUGUCUUGAGAUAUUAGCUUUUCACGGCUGCCAGUAGUUUGUACUUAAACCCGAACAAUCGUACAGAUGGCUUCUCGACUCGGUUGUUCUUUUGCUUCCCUUUUUUAACUAGGGUUUAUCACUACAGACUGUAACAUCAUUAUAGUUUAUUUAUCUUACUCCCUCGUUUCAUA